AUGUGGCGGGCUGCUGAUAUCAAGAAAGUGACCCGUAUCUUUGUGGUUUCCAUGUCAGUUGCCGAUCUUGGAAUUGGCUUUUUCACGCUCCCGGUACAGCUGCUGUCGCUGGUUGUCGAUAUGACGGACACGUCCCAACAGUCUCUCUGUGUGGUCCACGUCAUACUCUACACGCUGUUUUCUGGAACGUCUCUUCUCAACGUGCUCCUGAUCACAGUGGAGCGGUACGUGGCCAUCGAGUUCCCAUUCCGGCACCGGUCUCUGGUCACGGUGCGACGGGCCUACAUCGCGAUGGCCUCUGUCUGGCUGAUAUGCGGGGCGAAUGCCGCCAUUUCGGGCACGCUAGCUGGCAUGACGGAUUUCUUUCACGACGAACUCGGGAUUUGCCUGUCCUUCAGCGUCAAUACUACCAACCACUUCGAGUGGCUCCAGGUCUGUGCUUACCUAUUUAUCCCUCUGUUCACCAUCGUGGCCAUUUACACUCGCAUCCUCGUCCUUGUCCGACGUCACGUUGUCCGCCAGUUGACGAUGGUCCGUCUGAGCAGCCUUCCACUCGCCAGCGGCAGGCGCGCAAAUCAACCUACCAAAAAUGGCCGUCACGUCUGCAAAAGCCGAUCUCUGGCUUUGCGCAGGAAGUCCCUGUGUACAUUCCUGAUGGUGGUGUCCGUGUAUGUGGUCACGUUCAUUCCAGCAUCUAUCGUCUUGAUCCUAGCAAUCACUGGCCGGCCUGUGUCCACCUAUGUGCUGGAGGUAGCCAAAUUUAGCGUGUACUGCUACAGUUGGCUGAACGUGGUGGUGUACUCACUUAGAGACAAAGCCUUCAGAGAAGCAGCAAGAACCAUCUUUUGCAGACAAUGA